CGUGCUGAUCCUGGACUUCCCAGCUACGCUAUGGACAAGCUCAGCUCCCGGUGCUCCGUGCCAGGCUCCUCGAGGUCGUGUGUCCUGGUCUGCCUCUGGAGUCUGGCAGCCUCUUUCCUGCUCUACCCUGUGCUCUGGACCCUGGGCCGGCAACUCCAUUCAACUCUCACUGGCAUCUACAUCCCCGGCACCUAUUCUGUCGUCUUUGUCAACUCUCCCAAUGAACAGAUUGCUAGAGAUAUGGCAAGGUACUUUUGGAAUGGAGUAAUAGAAGAAAACACUGAGAUCCUGCUGUUAAUAAAGACAAAGACUUCCAAGGUCCAGUUGCUGUCUGGCUACAUCAGGUUGAUGCAUCCUUUUGAAAUCCCAGAGAUCUUCAGCCUGACCAUGGACAAAGGAGACCAGCACUAUUUUAAGUGGCUGGAGGAAGGCAUAGCAAAGAACUGACAUUCCCGUAGGAUGCCUCCAGUCUUAAUCAGCUGCACUCCAGGGAUGGAGAGGUUCUUUCGGCUUCCUCACAUCUCUGAGUUUUGUGCCUUUGCAGUACAGAGGAGCUAUAUAACUUGCAGAGGCUGAAGAUUCAAGCUUUCUUAUGCUCAAAGAGGAGAUGGAGCCGUUUGAGCUAAUCAAGAACCCUGUGGAACUGGUGGUCUCUGCUUCAUGUUUAAUGGUGGCCUGAGAUGUA